CAUGUAUCAAUUUCAUAUUUUUUUCAAUGUGUGAACUAUAAAUCCCGUAUCAACGUGAUCUGCCUUAGUGUUCUUUUUGAAAGUCUCUUUUCGAAUAUAUCCCAAAACUUUACAAGUUUAUAAAGUAUUAAGCAAUGGAUAAUCCUAGCUCAUCAUCCACGAGUGUUCAUUGUCUGGUGGAUGAUAAUUACCGCCACUGGUUUUUGAUUCCUGCUGCUGCAAUAUUGACAAUAUUAGCAUUUUUAAAUCGUCGUAGGAGCUUUAAAACUGAAAUGUUUAAAGGUCGUCCUGGUGUUGUGAUCCCGAUAGAUUUUUUGGACAGAAAUCGUAACACAAUUGUGGCUUUAUUUGGAGCGAUAACUAGCUCUAUUUUGUUGCUUGUUGGGAAAAGUUUUCAUUCUCCUAGGAACGAGUGGUGGUUUAAACGUACACUUUUCUUGUUUCAUCAUAGAAUAUAUACUUAUGACUAUUAUAACUUUUAUUUUCGUCCAUAUUUUUUAGCACUUUUCGUCAUUGUAAUAUGUAUUGAGAUUGCCUUUCUUUUUUAUCCAAUAUUUGGAUGUUUGGCUUCACAUUAUCGUAUUAUUGGAUCAAUGUUAGGCAUUAGUUACAGUCUGUCGUUCUUCUUGGUGCUAAAUAUUGGAAAGUAUCAAAAAUGCAGGAAUAAUUCUCUUGUUUUAAUAUUAAAAGAAACUCCAAUAUUUCUUUGUCAACUCUUUAUCAUUGGCAAAUUUUUAAUCGUGCUGUUUAAAGAGAAAAAGAAUUUUGGUCGACUAUUUUAUAAUGAGUCUAAAAACAAUUCUGUCAAUGUAAAACUUUCAUUAACUUGGCAGAAUAUGUAUGUCCGAAAUAUUUUUCAUCCAAGAUUACCACCUCAGCAUUCCAAAAUUGUAUCCUGUUUAAGAAAGAUCAUUAAUCCUCAUAAAUAUUAUCAAUAUUCAACCCACACUCUUACUGUGUUGAUUGUUUGUUCCAUAUUUUUGUUUGAGAUGACUGUUGUGUUUUUGAUUCUUGCUGUACAUGGCUUAAAUGAAAUGAUGCAUUCGGAUGGUCGACGAAAUUCUUUUCUUGAAGUAUUUCGUAGCGGUGCUCCUGUUGCCCUUAUUGCAGCAGUGAUUUUCUCCUCGUUGUUUUGUGUCAUUUCCCUUCUUCGUUUUAUGAAGAAUCACAAAAAUAACAUGUUACGAAUGUUUAAAGGCGAUAAAUCCUUCAUUCCAAAAGGAAUAAAAUCUUCACAGUUUAUGAUUGGGAAAUCUUUGAGAUAUCAAAGUUUUCAAAUUGGCUAUUUUCUCUGGGGUUAUUUUUCACUUUUGCUGAUGUUCUUUCUUACUUCGGAAUUCUUCUACUGUCUGAAAUUUCCUCCUUUGCGUAAAUAUAUUUUUGAUUGUUUGAAGGAAAUGAGCAUUUUUGUUGUCGUGGCAAUAUCUGCAAUAGUUAUCCUUCUGGUGACUUCAGUGACUGUUUUCCGUAAUCCUGGUCUCACUAAAAAUGUAAUAUCCACGAACAACAGGAACGCAUAUUUAGUAUUUUCAUAUUUUUGGUUCUUCAUUGGUCUUCCUAUGGGAAUAUUGUCAGCAUUGUCACGUGUUUUAAAAGCAAUGGUAAUUGGAGGUUUAAUGCUACCAAGAGUGGAUCAUAGUGUUUUGCCUGAUGGUUUUCAGCGAUUUGAUCCUGGUUAUAUUUCGUACAUCGCCUAUCUUCAUGUUCAAGCUGCAUUUAGAAAUCCUAUUUUACGAGUAUUUUGUCAAACAAUCUUUGACAGAAAAAACGGUAUUCGUCAAUGGAAUUUUUCACCUCAAGCCCGCACCAGGUGGUUCCUUGCCUUAACCUUGACCCGCAAUCCUGAGAUCCUCAGUUAUCGUAAAGAUAAAGAAAAAACUAUAGAUAAUCCAGUUCGUACGAGUUCUUUGGAAAUCAUAUUGCCAAGUUCGGAUAAAACCAACUUAGUUGUGUGAGAUAUAGUUAUAUCCAUGACAACAACGUUUUAGUGGGGAAUGUUAACAAUUGUUUGUUUUGUUUUUUAUAUUUACUUUCAUGGUUUGAUAGUUAAGGAGAUUGAAAAUUGAAGUAAUGAUCAACUCACAAUCCUCAGAUCAUCAGUUAUCGUAAAGAUAAAGAAAAAAUUUCCAAUGAUAUAGGAAGCGUCAGUUCUGGUAUAAAUAAUUCGUUCGGCUUGGAAAAAACCAAUUUAAUUGUUUGAGUUAUGAUUGUUUGUUUCGUUUGUUAUAGUUUUUUUCAUAUUUACAUAGUUGAGAAGAUGAAUGAAACUAGAAAUGCAAUUUUCAAUUUAAAGUUCAAAUAUGACAGGUAUUAGAAUGAAGCGAUAGAGGUAUUUUAUUGCACAGAAAGUCCAUUAAAGUACAAGCAUUUAAAUUAAAAAAAUAGAAAUAAAAACAUUGAAACUGUGAAA